AUGUCAGAUAUCGAAGACGUGGAAGACAGUGGUUCACGUAGCGGUCAGCCUAAGGAGAGAAGGAAGAUAGAGAUAAAGUUUAUUGAAAACAAGACACGGCGUCAUGUGACGUUCUCCAAGAGGAAGCAUGGUAUCAUGAAGAAGGCGUUUGAGUUGUCUGUGCUCACUGGUACCCAGGUGCUGUUACUUGUGGUAUCCGAAACGGGGCUGGUUUACACGUUUAGUACUCCGAAAUUUGAGCCUAUAGUGACGCAGCAAGAGGGAAGGAACUUGAUCCAGGCGUGUCUCAACGCUCCUGAUGACGAGGAGGAGGAAGAGGAGGAGGAAGAGGAAGAAGAAGUAAGAGAUGGAGGUGAGGAGAACGACAGUAGCAAUCAAGUAAGUGCCAAUGAACAGCAACAGCAACAACAGCAACAACAACAACAGCAACAGCAUCAGCAACAGCAACAACAGCAUCAGCAACUCCAUCAUCAUCAGCAGCAGCAGCAACAACAACAACAGAUGUUGAACAAUACUCUCAAACAAGAGGGCAUGAAAAGCCACUCUAUGCAUCCGUCUCUAAAUCCAAACCAUGGGAUACCACCAGGCCCGCCAGGCGCUUCAAUGGCUAUGCCACAACAAGCUCCUCAUCAGCCCCAUCCAGGUAUGCCUCAUCCUCAUCUGCAGGGAUUCCCGAACGCUUCGUCUCCCUACCUGAAUCCUGAACAGAACGCGGUCUAUCAGCAGUAUUUCCAGGAAUCUCAGCAGGGUCAAUAUUAG